GAGCUGCAUAUUAAGGGGGGAAAAAAAUAGAAAACUUAAAAGCCAAGUUUGAAGUUUUGGGCCACGUGCUACUACUGCAAGCCAGGCUGCAGCCAGACUGGAGAAGUGUGCUGUGGCUCCAGGAUGGACAGAGCGCGUUUGGUUCCAAUUAGAGCGUCUCGACUUUGACCUGCUGCCCCGUGCGCAGUAAUGUGAAACCAAGCCUGUGGCGCGGCGCGGCGAUCAGGCGAGCGGAGCUGCAUCGUGCGCACUUAACAUACACUCACUUCCCUUCCCACUCGGGACCUGCAGAGGCUCCGGCGCACGGCGGAGCGAGCGCAAUGGCCGAGGAGUAGCCGCUCGAUGGACCCUUUUCCGACGCCGUUCUCCGGGAGGUGCCACCGCACCACCGCCACGGCCAUGUGGGGUAGCUGUCCGAGGAGAAAGUGGGGGUGGACGACUGUGCUGGCGGCCGCCCUGCUCAGCCUCCUGCUCGGAGGGAUGCCCCGGAGCGCCGCGUUCCCCUCGUGGAGGACCGAGGAAGAAGCUUACACCACUGUGUUGCUCAUCGGAAUGCGCAAAGAGGCCCACUCGCAAGUGCUGCACCUCUCCAGGAACAAGCGCUACACCCUCACCCCGGAGAAGCUCAAAUGGGACAAAUUCAAGCUCACAUACAAGUUGCUGUCCUACCCUACAAACCUAAUUAAUGCCACGGACACACGACGAGGCAUUGCCAAGGCUUUCACCAUGUGGAGCGACAUCUCACCCUUCAGCUUCCGAGAGGUGCCAGCGGACCAGGAGGCGGACAUUAAGAUCGGCUUUUACCCCGUCAACCACACAGACUGUCUGCAGUCUUACUUGCACCACUGUUUCGACGGCAUCACAGGAGAAUUGGCUCACGCCUUUUUCCCGCCGACAGGCGAGAUCCACUUCGACGAUCAUGAAUACUGGAUUCUGGGGAACAUGCGGUUCAGCUGGAAGAAAGGGGUUUGGCUGACAGACCUGGUCCACGUGGCGACACACGAGAUAGGCCACGUGCUGGGACUUAUGCACUCCAGGGACCCGAAAGCAAUCAUGCACCUGAAUGCAACGCUGACCGGCCGCAAGCUCAUCACGCAGGACGAAGUGUGGGGUUUGCACCGUCUCUACGGAUGUUUGGACCGCUUCUUCAUUUGUCCGGCGUGGGCUCGUAAAGGCUUUUGUGAAAGCAAGCGCAAGCUGAUGCAGAAGCACUGCCCCUCCAGCUGUGAUUUCUGUUAUGAAUUCCCUUUCCCACUGUGCUUCCCACAUCCGUCACCUCCGAUGACCAAACACAAGCUUGGUGGUCGAGGGCAAAAGCUGACGUUCCGCUGCGGGAAAAAAAUUGCGUCGAAGAAAGGCAAAGUAUUCUGGUACAAGGACGGCGAGCUUCUGGAGUUCUCAAACCCAAAUUACAUAUCUUUGAAGGACGACCACAUCACUAUCGUGGCCAAUGCCAUCAAGGGCACUACACCUGCAAUCGUGAAGAAGAAAGACAAAGUUCACAAUUACUCAUGGAGGGUGCGUUGUGCGGUUCUGAGGCCUCACUGGCUCUGAACUAAGCACACACACGCAUUUCAUUCACUUGGGCCACAUAUUCUUUGUACUUUCUGUUCUUUGUAUUGUUGACAGUCAUUGUGCAAAUGUCAUUUCGUGAUGUGAGGAAAAUAAACAAUUCAUGAUCUUAUGUAUUUUGGGCACUAAAAACAGUUGGGAGAUCCCACAGCAAAUCCUCAUUGUUUUAGGUACUGUAAUUAAGUUUACUGGCAAACUAAAUAUAAAACAAAGAAUUACAUGUGUAUUUAAAACAACCAAACUUUGCCUUAAGAAUAGCCUCCACUUCCCACUGAUAGCAUUUCCUCUGUUUUCUACAACGUACAGUAUACUUAAAAACACAAAAAUUCGAUUUUUUUUGUGGGGAUGGGGGUCUGAACAGUUUUCUCUCUUGUACAGACUGAACAUUUGAAACUGUUCUUGUAUUGGAUCUCUUUACAUUGUGGAUGGCCAGCAUAAUCAUCUUGGAAUAAUACCAUUAAAGAUGGAAGACAAA